UUCUCACUCUCAUCUCCUCGAUUACAAUCUUCAGCAGACGAAAGGAGAAGGAAAAAAAAAAAUUGAACGAAGAGAUUUGAAGAGAGAAAAGAGAAGAGAAUGAAAGCAGAGCUAAACUUACCUGCAGGAUUCCGAUUCCAUCCAACGGACGAAGAGCUUGUGAAAUUCUACUUGUGCCGGAAAUGCGCAUCGGAGGAGAUCUCAGCUCCGGUUAUCGCCGAAAUCGAUCUCUACAAGUUCAAUCCUUGGGAGCUUCCAGAGAUGUCUCUGUACGGAGAGAAAGAGUGGUAUUUUUUCUCACAUAGAGACCGGAAGUACCCAAACGGUUCGCGUCCAAACCGGGCAGCUGGAACCGGUUAUUGGAAAGCGACCGGAGCGGAUAAACCAAUCGGUAAACCGAAGACGUUGGGCAUAAAGAAAGCUCUAGUCUUCUACGCUGGGAAAGCUCCCAAAGGGAUUAAAACGAAUUGGAUUAUGCAUGAGUAUCGUCUCGCUAAUGUUGAUAGAUCAGCUUCUGUUAACAAAAAGAACAACCUACGACUUGAUGAUUGGGUUCUAUGUCGAAUCUACAACAAGAAAGGAACCAUGGAGAAGUAUUACCCUGCGGAUGAGAAACCGAGGACCGCUACAUCAAUGGCGGAUCAAUCAUCAUCGCCUUUUGACACAUCGGACUCGACUUACCCGAACGAAUCGAGCAGCUCGGGUGGUCACGUCGUGUCACCGGAUGCCAAGGAGGUUCAGAGCGAGCCUAAAUGGGGAGAGCUUGAAGAUGCUUUAGAGGCUUUUGAUACUUCAAUGUUUGGUGGUUCCAUGGACUUGUUGCAGAGCGACGGUUUUGUUCCUCAGUACUUGUACCAGCCUGAUUAUUUCACUCCCUUCCAGGAUAUGCCCGAGCAGAAACCGUUCUUGAAUUGGAGUUUUGCUCCACAAGGGUGAAAAGGGAAGAGAGUAAAAGGUGGUUUAACUGUGUCGUGAAGUGCUUAGAGAGAACAGAAGUUAUCAAUCAUCUUUGUUUCUUAGUAGUCAAAAAGAUUGUAGAUGUUAAUAGUUGUUAGCAUCAUAGGCAAAUUCUUGUUAUUUCAUCAUAAUUUUAUAUGAAAAAUAUUCAAAUUCUUCACGAUGUUGCAGCACCUAUGUAAAUACUGAUAUAUAAAGAGAUAUUAAGAUUAAGAAUA